GCUCCACCUCCACCGCGCAUUCGAAGUCCUCAUGGUUCGGAAGAAACGCCAUUGGAUCUUACUCUACGUAGUCUGGAACAGCACCAUAUGCCUACGAUGCCACUAAUGCCACAAUCGAUGAUGGAAGCUUUGGUACAACUUACGGCUUCUGCAGCUGCAGCUCGUGCAGCUGAAACUCCAAUCUCGCCGAACAAGACGACAUCUCCUACUCCUCCAGCUGUUCCGGUAACUUCAGCAGCAGUUACCCUACCUACCAGCUUGGCCUCAUCGGAUGCGGCUGUCCCGCCAACAGCGACGACCACAAACAGUGAGCCGCUGAUGCUGCCCGAAGCUAUGUUACCUCCGAAACAACCGGUUCUACCGUAUCCACCAAUGUUCAAUCAGCAGAUGUUGGCUCAAUUUUUCCUAGCUCAACUUCAGGCGCCAAAAGGUGCUUUCGUCUAG